AUGGCAACACGAAAGUGCCUGAGCCCGCUCAUAAAGGCACCAAAGUCAAUUGCCAACUCCAUCUGUCAUCAAUGUCAACGAUCUUUCGUGACGACACCUACUCAAUUGGCUGGUCACAACAAGUGGUCUAAGACAAAACACAUCAAAGCUGUAACUGAUAAGAAGAAGAUGACUGAGAGAUCUAAUUUCACUAAGACGAUUGCUAUGUAUUCAAGAAUGUAUGGAGAUGAUGUCAAAUUCAACCCUCAACUGGCCACUGCAAUAAACGCUGCAACAAAAGCAAGUAUACCAAAGAACUUAAUCGAGGGCGCAAUUGCACGAGGUCAAGGUCGUUCAGCCACAGGUGCACAGCUCGAGUCUAUGUCUCUGGAGGUCCUCAUGCCCCCUGAUAUCGCGAUGGUCAUCGAUGCUGAGACAGACAAUAAGACUCGGACCCUUCAUGACCUGCGCCUCGUGGUGAAGAAGGCCGGCGGAGUGGUUGGUUCAACAACCUUCUACUUUACAAGACGUGGUAGAGCCGUUUUCAAAGCCAAGGAGUGCGGACCGUCACUCUCAGAUGUUCUGGACGAGGCGAUUGAGCACGAGGGGAUGGAAGAUGUUGAGGAACUGCCAGAAGGUGACUUCUUGGCUUGGACCCAGCCAAACACGUUAGCAGCCAUCACCGAGGCCCUGUCCAAGAAGUUUGAGCUUGAGAUUCUCGACGCAGACAUUGUCUGGGCACCGAAUGAGGACACAAAAGUCAGCAUUGAUACAACAGAGCAAGCAGAUGCUCUCGACAUGCUCUUCAACGGACUCAAGGAAUAUCCGGAGGUCAGAGCCAUUUAUGCCAAUGUGCGCCAGGGAGCUGUAGGGGACGCAGAGUGGGACAAGGUGGAAAGAAACCUGGAUGUAUAG